AUGGCAGAGAACGCUGAGGUGACCGAGACCUCUACCCCGCCAGAUGCGCAGCCUACUCUUCCUCCUACGAAUCAUCCAUCUCCUCCUGCUGCCGCUGCCCACGCUACUCCUUCUCAUCAUGGUCACGAGGCCACUUUUGUCCGACCAUCAGAUCUCCUUCGCCCACGGACCACAUCUCGACCAGCAGCUCCUAAACCGGAGAGGCCUAUAGAUCGGGAUGAAAGAGCUGGACUAAAAGCCAUACGAGAUUUCCUUAGAGUGCGCAAUUGCUAUGAGGUCUUACCGCUCAGCUUCCGGCUCAUCGAGCUGGAUGUUAGUCUUACGGUCAAAGAGAGCCUGAAUAUUAUGGUUCAAUGUGGAAUUGUCUCUGCGCCACUAUGGGACUCCUCUACUUCGACCUACGCUGGUCUCCUUACCGUCAACGACUAUCUCAACGUCGUGAGGUAUUACAAUUUACAUGCCGACAAGCUGAAAGACGUGGAUAAACUGUUACUGAGCGACCUGAAAGACGUGGAGAAAUUCCUGGAUGUUAAGCCUCCCGAGACAGUGUCGGCAUCGCCAGAAGCCAUCUUAUACGAUGCCCUACGGAAACAAUUGUUAUCGAGAGCUAGGCGUAUACCCUUGGUCUCCUACGACAGCGAUACGCAAAGAACUAUGGUCACCAGUGUCAUCACUCAAUACCGAAUUCUCAAGUUCAUCGCGAUGAAUGUCAAGGAAACCGAGAUGCUCCGGAAACCUCUCGAGAUGAUCAAGCUCGGAACAUACGGAAACAUUGUUCGUUGCAGUAUGGACACGACAAUGCUGGACGUAAUUGAUGAGAUGGUGGUGAAGAACAUUUCUAGUGUACCUGUGGUAACUACCGAAGGUGUUCUUCUGAAUGUGUUUGAAGCCGUCGAUGUAAUUGAGAUCCUCAAGACAGGAGACUAUGGCAACCUCACCUGGACUGUUGGUAAAGCCCUGUCGGCACGACCACCCAGUCACCCAGGCAUAUACUGCUGCUCACUUGAGGAUGGCCUUGAUACGAUCUUCGAAACCAUCAAAAAAUCCCGCGUGCACAGAUUGAUGGUGGUUGAUGAGAACAAUUACCUUAAGGGGGUAUUGUCACUCAGCGACAUUCUACAUUACAUUCUGGUCGAAGGGCAAGAGGAAAUGAACCAUGCGUAA